GAGGACCUCAACAUGGAUAGGUUGGUUCCUCCGUCACAUGAUGAAGGCGCCUGCAUAGGAACCAAUGAAAGGGCGAGGCGGGCCGAAGCCAGGCCGAGGCCCAGCGCGCGGGAAGGGACCCGGCCCUGGUGCUGGGCAAGGCCGCUCACUCGCUGUCGCGCAUCGGAGACGAGUUGUACUUAGAGCCACUGGAGGACGGGCUCUCGCUUCGCACCGUGAACGCAUCCCGCUCGGCUUUCGCCUGCUUCCUGUUUGCGCCGCUUUUCUUCCAGCACUACCAGGCGUCCCGGCCGCCGCAGGGGCAGCCUCCGCGCUGCAAAGUCCUCAUGAAGUCGUUCCUGUCAGUAUUUCGCUCGUUGGCAGCGCUAGAGAAGACAGUGGAGCGCUGCUGCAUCGCGCUGAGCACCGAGAACAGCCGCUUGGUCAUCCAGCUCCACUGCAAGCACGGCGUGACCAAGACCCACAACCUGUCCUUCCAGGAGUGCGAAUCCCUCCAGGCCGUCUUCGACCCGGCCCUGUGCCCGCACUUGCUCCGAGCCCCUGCCCGGGCCAUCUUGGGUGGUCAGCAGAGCUGUCCAAGCUGAGCAUUACUGUGGCCGGUGCCCUGGACAGGGUGUUGGUGGAAGCUGUGUCGCCCUUCUCACCAGCGUUGUCAGAGGUGACCCUGGGAGUGAGCAGGGGCCGAAGAGUCGUUUUCAGAAGCUACCUGGAGGAGGAUACAGAUGCUGCCAGAGCCAUGAUGACAGAGAUGAGCCUCAGUGAAGAAGAGUUCCAGCAGCUGCAGGCCCAGGAGGGAGCCUCCAUUACCUUCUGCCUCAAGGAGUUCCGGGGUCUCCUGAGCUUUGCAGAGUCAGCUAACCUUCUCCUCAACAUCCACUUUGAUGUUCCUGGCAGGCCAGCCAUCUUCUCCAUUGAGGAUUCACUGCUGGAUGGUCACUUUGUCCUGGCUACUCUGUCUCAGUCCGACCUCUGUUCUCAGGAGCCUUGUCGGCCUGGGCAGGGGACACACAGUACAACCCACCUGGAUGACUUUGCAAAUGAUGAUAUCGACUCUUAUAUGAUCGCCAUGGAAACUACUGUGAGUGAAGGGGCAGCAGUCACUCCCAGGACCCCUUCCCCUGUGUCGGAGGAGGAGGCAGAGCCCAAUGUGGUACCUGGGACCCCUCCUCUAAAAAAGUUCCGUUCCCUGUUCUUUGGCUCAGUGUUGGCCCCAACAGAGUCUCCUUCUGAGCCCAACCCAGUACUGGCAGAAGACAGCGAGGGGGAGGGCUGAAUCAUGCUCCUCAGGACGAACCUCGAGUUCAAGACUUUUCACCUGCCUGGUUGUUUGUGCCAGGAAAGGCCUGAACCAAGCUGGGGGUGGGGGUAUUGGUGCAUCUGAGAGAAUGGCUGCCCCUAUCCAGCAGCAGGAGAGGACACAAGAGGCCCUUGGGCCUCAGCACCAUGUGGCUAAGUUCUCUAGUGGGCUCUGGGUCUUGCUUCCUCCCCCUUCAAUGCCCAUGAGGCCUUCUGAGAAGGCAGCACCUUCUCCCUCAAUAAAGACUCCCAAGCCCAAA